UUUUCAUUUAAUAAAAUUUAAAUUAAAUAAGAACUAAAUCAAUAUGCCAUCAUUAAAUAAAAUGAAUCUUAUCUUGAUUACAAUAAUUCUUGCCAGUGGAAGAGCACCGAAAUUAUUAGUUAAAGCAUUUGUCACAAAUACCAACGCCAUAGCAGAUACAUCACACCCACCCACUUCAUCAUUAGCAUCAAAAGUAAUUUACCAAAGUCCCCUUAUGGAGAAAAUCUAUAAAGAAUUUAUUGUCUCAUCGAAGCCGCUAAGCUUACGUAAAUACAGUAGCGGCUUAAAACAGAAGAAAACAAAGAAGGAUUCGAGAAUUUAUUACAUUCCCAUACCUCCAUCACCAUACAGAUAUAUAGCAGGCGUGGGCUACGAUUAUCAACCAAUGAAAAUAAAUCCGAUUAUGAAAGAUACAUAUCCAAUUGCUGGCGGAGCUUCACAGAAACAUCAUCAUCACCAUCAUCAUUAUUAUCAACCUUAUAUGCCAUUUGUUCCAACGUAUCCAAAUACUGUCAAGCCAUUAGUGAACGUAGACUCCAGCACAAUGUCCAGCACGAGCGGCAACUCUAAUAUUAAUAAGAAUAAUCGCAUCGACACAGCAGUUUCAGGCACAAACGGUGAAAGUAAAUUGCAUAGACUGCAACGCGGUGAUUAUCUUUUUAAUGGGCGCCCUUUCAGACUGCAGGUGGCGCAUGCGAAGCCGAAACAUCAAAUAACGCCACAAAAUCUCAAAUCGAAAUUGUAUUUUAAUAAAAAUUUUAUUUAUUAA